AGCACGUUAUUUAGAAAAAGUCGAGAUUUUCCGUAGUAAAAUUAAGAAAACCCAUAGUUUUUCAACAGCAAAUACUUUUUGAAUUGACAAGUGAACGACAUAGAUCAUCAUGGCAGUUAACUUUUUUCCGGAUGACUGGGAAUCGAUUUCAAAAGAAGAAUUGUCAUCUGCCAGAUCGAGGCUGGCAGGAUUCAUUGAAGCCGUUCCGGAUAAGGACAGGGAACUAAGAGAGCAAUUGGAAGCAUUAGAGAAAAUUACGAUGUCCACUCAAAAUGGAAUACUUGGAUCACUAAGAUUGAUUGCUACGAUGGAACAAGGAGCCAAUAAGACUGCAGCAAAAGAUGUCCUGGCUGAGUUCAGAAAGGCCCAUGAGCUUAUGCGCCAUCGGCUCUUCAUUCUGACAAUUUGGCGCAAAUUCGACUAUGCCACUGCUGACAAAGUUGCCAGAAGAAAGGCUGGGGAAUACUUGGAUGCUGAUCUCGCUAAAGUCUUGGAGGAAAAAGACAAGAGGGAAAUAAAACGUGAACGGGAGAAAGAAAAGGACAGAUCACGUGGCCAAGGAAAACGUUUCAGAGGCAACCACUCAUAUCAGGUCGAUUUUGGAGCUGGACCUUCAAAUCCCAGGGGCUACCACGGGCACGGCGUACAAGCUUCAAGAGGUGGCCGAGGUGGAUCCACUCGAGGUGGAGGACAAGCUCCAACGACCGAACGCAGAUAUUAUGUUUGUCAGUAAUUGGAACAUUUUGCCAGGAAUUGCCCCAACAGAAAGUAACGAUUGUUUGAUUA